AUGCCUCACGUCGAUACCAAUGACUGGAAGCCAAUUUGCGUGGCAUCUACUACCGCACAAGAUGAUCAAUUGUCCGAGAUACCCAAGCAGCCUUACUUCAGGAGCGUUGAAUGGACCCCAGACGGUACCACACUAUUGGCGAACUCAUCAGACCAAUAUAUAAGAUCCUUCAUUCUGCCCCCGGAUCUGUUGGACAAGCCUCCGCAUCAACUUUCGCCAUACUCAACGCUUCCAUCAGCAGAACCGACGUAUGCCACAGCUAUCUACCCGUUCUACAAUCUACAAGAUCCGUCCACUACUCUUUUCCUCUCAUCAGUUCGGGACCAUCCUAUCCGAUUAUCUUCGACUCUUACCCCAGUCUCUGUAGCCAGUUACUCUUUGGUCAACCCCACCACCGAGGCAUUCAUGACCCCUCAUUCCAUGAUAUAUCCGUCUACCCUGGGCGGAACUCACUUCCUUACGGGCUCUGAUAGCCUGAUUUGUUUAUUUGAUGUCUCACGCCCAGGAACAGAUGGACCCGUCUCCUGGAUGCCCACUAUCCCCAGCAAGCGCAAGCAGAUUGUGGGUGGCGGGGUCGGCAUGAAAGGCAUUGUUUCGGCGCUGGCUGUCAAUCCAACAGGAGAUGGCGUUCUAGCCGCUGGCACAUUCACCAGACACGUUGCGUUGUAUAGCAGCAAUGGAUCAGGAGAACUGCUCGGCACCUUUAGCGUGGCUAAGACCGAUGCCAACCGUGACAUCGGCGGCCGGGGGGUCACCCAACUCACGUGGAGUCCAUGUGGUCGCUACCUUUAUAUCGCAGAGCGUAAAAGCGACGGUGUCCUGGUUUACGAUGUUCGGGUUACUGGGCAGAUGCUCGGCUACUUGCGAGGGCGAAAGGCUAUGACAAACCAACGCAUGCAGAUCGAUGUGGUGCCCUCGGGCACAGAUGGCUCUCAUGAGGUCUGGGCGGGAGGUACGGAUGGUAUCAUGAGGGUAUGGAAGGACCCUAUUUAUGCUGCUGGAGGUCAGGAUCCGAGUUGGGAGUUCAAAGUUCACGAGGAUGCUGUUGCGAGCACUGUUUUUCAUCCCAUGGGGAGUGUUGUCGCGACGUGUUCAGGCCAACGACAUUUUGUUACUGAUGAUUCAUUAGACGACCACAAUAAUGAUCGCAACGCUAUCAAUCAGGCUGACAAUAGCCUAAAAGUAUGGUCAAUGCCGUUCCUAGAAGGAUCUGAAGGGAGUGGAACAAGUCCAAGAGAGACCGCAGAACGGAGUUAA